AUGGCUGUUGGUAAGAAUAAGAGAUUGUCCAAGGGUAAGAAGGGAUUAAAGAAGAAGGUCGUCGACCCUUUCACCAGAAAGGAUUGGUUUGACAUCAAGGCCCCAUCCACUUUUGAAAACAGAAAUGUUGGUAAGACUUUGAUCAACAGAUCCACCGGUUUGAAGAACGCUGCCGAUGGUUUGAAGGGCCGUGUCUUUGAAGUUUGUUUGGCUGACUUGCAAGGCUCUGAAGACCACUCUUACAGAAAGGUUAAGUUGAGAGUUGAUGAAGUUCAAGGUAAGAACUUGUUGACCAACUUCCACGGUUUGGACUUCACUUCCGAUAAGUUGAGAUCUUUAGUUAGAAAGUGGCAAUCAUUGGUUGAAGCCAACGUUACCGUCAAGACUGCUGACGAUUACGUUUUGAGAAUCUUUGCCAUUGCCUUCACCAAGAGACAACAAAACCAAAUCAAGAAGACCUCUUAUGCUCAAUCCUCCAAGUUGAGAGAAGUCAGAAAGAAGAUGAUUGAAAUCAUGCAAAGAGAAGUUUCUAACUCCACUUUGGCUCAAUUGACCAGUAAGUUGAUUCCUGAAGUCAUUGGCCGUGAAAUUGAAAAGUCUACUCAAACCAUCUUCCCAUUGCAAAAUGUUCACAUCAGAAAGGUUAAGUUGUUGAAGCAACCUAAGUUUGAUUUGGGUGCUUUGAUGUCCUUGCACGGUGAAUCUGUUGCUGAAGAAAAGGGUAAGAAGGUUGCUGGUGGUUUCAAGGAUGUUGUCUUGGAAGCUGUCUAA